AUGACGCAUGGCCAGGCUCCGGCGUGGGCGCCCUUACAAGCACUCUGCCCGCCUGCGUCGUCACAGCGUCAGGAUGUACCAAUGAUGCGUCUCUCGCAAAUGCCGAUGCCGUCGCUGGAGCCGACGUCGGAGAUCGAGAUGCCAUCGCCGCCUCUCGUAGGGUCCUCGCAAGCGCAUGAGUUGCCAGAAUACCAAGCAGAUGGACUGCUGGACGAUGCGUACAUGGAUGGCGCCGCGCAGGACGUCGCGCCUAUCGCCAGAGCGCCCCUUCGUUUGCAUUGCGGGAUCGAGCCCCUCGAUGCGUAUGCGGGGCGAUGGCACUAUGGCGGCGCGAAUGCCAGCGUGGAGGCCGCAUGGCUGGCCGAUACCAAGACGGUACCUGGGUUCCCUAUCGGCUCCGCCCUGGAAAUUGUAGGCCCACCUGGCUGUGGCAAGACACUCUGGGCGCUGCAAAUGGCCAUGGCAGAGCGAAUGCAGCAUGUCUGGCACGCCAUGCAGGCCUACGUGGACGAAGUGGGGCCGCCUGGCAGCUUGCAUCGGCCAGCUCAUGUGAUCGACACGCUGAGGCAGGCGUUGGAAUCGGAAGUGGAGCCGUGGAGUGCGCAAGUGGUGCUCGUUGAUACGGAAGGCAGCUUGGCCCUCACGCGCUUGGCCGCCAUGACCAUGCAUCACAUGCCCCACGACGCAGCACAACGCAUGCACAAGUUUGCCGAGGCAGCCGGCCUGCAUGUAACGUCCAGCGACGUCACGGACGCUUUGCGUGUAUGCCUACCGCGCACCAUUUUACGCGGCAUCCAUCUCGUGCGAACGACGACCUUGGGCCAACUUGUGGCUUUCCUCGGGAUGGCCGCGAACAGUGCACGCCUCAAGAUGCCAGGGCUCCCGCCAAGAACCUCACUGCUGAUUGUCGAUACAUUGUCGUUUCUUACCAGCGUACAUUCGCUUCCCGUGCACGCCUCGCGCGAGCAGCGGCGUACGCGAGACGACACCAUCCGGUACAUCGUACGAUGCCUCACGACAUUGCGUGAUAGCCAGCUGCCCGAGCAUGAUCGAAUGUCCGUGGUAGUGACGAUGCAAAUGGCGACGAAACUCAUAAACACGGAGACGGCACGAGAUGCUGCGCUCGUACCGGCGCUCUCUAUUGCGCCUACAUCGUCGAUGCGCCGAGCCCUGGUCGAUGCCUCAGCAGUAGACUGGGGGCCGAGUGUGCUCGGUCAAAGUGCAUGGCGCAUUCUGUUGGGCUAUGAAGGUCUCGGACCCUACAGACGCCUUUCUGUCCAAGCGAAACCUGAUGCGUCAUGGGCCACGGAUACACACGACGACACAUGCCCGCCGCGUGUCAUGAUCGAGCUUCAGACACAUGGGCUCGUGCCUGUAUAA